UCACUUACGUACGCAAACCAAAUGCCAUGUCUGUUAGAUUUCAGUGCGAGUUUUCUUACUAAACAGGAGAAGUCUCUCAGGGUGUAUAUUGUGCAGAAAUUCCAAAUAUAAUGAUAAGUUAAACACCCAGGUAUUUCUAUUUACUGUGUAGCUUUCCGAACGUGAAUAUACGUAUAUAUUUAUUUAGCGGAUCAUAAGAUAACAACCAAUUAUGUUUGGAAUAGUCGGGUAAAUGUUUGUAAAACGUGAGUGAUUAUAAAGAGCAUCAUUUGAACAUGGGAUGUAUAUAUUCAAAGGAACGUAAAGAAACAUUACGGAAGAAUAAGAAUAAUUCCCAAUAUCGUAAAAAGUACCUGCCUGCCAACACAGGGGAUGAAGACACUAACGGGAACAGCCAGAUUCCGACCCUUCCUGAGUUCAACGACUGUCAAAAAGACUUGGUGACAAAGUCUUGGAAAGUUGUUAAAAACGACAUGGACCAAGUUGGCAUUAAUAUGCUAAUGAAACUGUUUGCCAGUCAUCCAGACGUACAGAACGUUUUUGCGCCAUUCAGAGGCAUGAGCCCGGAGGACCUCAACGAGAGUAACCAGCUCCGCUCCCAUGCUAUGCGAGUGAUGGGUACUGUUGACAAGUGCCUUAGCUGUAUAUACGAGUCAGAUAACGUCUUUAAAAUCCUCCAGGAACUCGGCUCAAGACACGUUAUGUACACGGCCAAGGUCGACUAUAUGGAUUUGAUCGGACCGCAGUUUAUCCUGGCGAUUCAGCCUGUUUUGGACGACGAGUGGACUCCGGAACUAGAACAGGCGUGGUCGGAUCUUUUUAAGUUGAUAGCACACAUCAUGAAGGCCUCCAUGACUUUCUGAUACUAAACAAAACAUUCACACUACUUGGUGUUUAGUUUUCAUUCAUGCGAGAGGGUGAAAUAGGUUGUGGACACUGAAGUUAUUGUUUAAAGUUACUGGAAUCCCUGUCAUUCAAAUAAUGAUGAACGAAAUAAUAUUAUUAACAUGCUUAUUAUAUGAGGAGCAGUUUAUUCUGGCUGACAAAUACAUAGGCUGACUGAAAUACAAACAAAUAAAGUACAUACAUGAACAUAGAUGCAUUGAAAGUGUUGCGAAUACAUGCAGUGCAAACGAUAAGACACAUUGAAUUUUAAUCGUUCACUAAAUGUUGGUAAAUUAUCCAAUGAGGAGAAUUGCAAUUUCGGUGUAAUGUGUGGUGAGCAAAAUAUUUAAAAAAUGUAACGGAUUGGCAAAUGAAAGAAACAAGGUAUCAUCGUGUUGCGCAUGCCAGAACGUUGUGCAACCCAAUCCUAUACUAGUGUUGUAGGACGAAUGGCAU